AUGGCGUCCUUUCUUCGCAGAUUCAGCUCGUCGGCCUCUGUCAAAAAUAUGUCAAACGUUUUCUUCGACAUUGCAAUCGACUCCCAGAAUGCGGGGCGCGUAGUUUUCAAGCUGUACGACGACGUUGUGCCCAAGACUGCAAGGAAUUUCCGGGAGCUUGCAACGGGCCAGCAUGGGUUCGGUUACGCUGGGUCGAGUUUCCACCGUAUCAUCCCGAAUUUCAUGUGCCAGGGUGGUGAUUUCACGCGUCACAAUGGAACGGGCGGAAAGUCGAUUUACGGAGAGAAGUUCGCAGACGAGAACUUCAGCCUUCGCCAUACCAAACCUGGCUUGCUUUCCAUGGCGAAUGCCGGCCCGAACACCAAUGGCUCUCAGUUUUUUAUCACCACCGCGGUCACAAGCUGGCUUGACGGGCGACACGUCGUUUUCGGCGAGGUUCUUGAAGGAAUGGACGUCGUGAAAACGAUCGAAAGGGCUGGCACAGCCGCUGGCACGCCCUCGAAAAAGGUCACCAUCACCGCCUCCGGUACAGUAGCAUGA